GUUCGAUCCCAAGGACGUGGAGAUCUUUUAGUGUCUCUCUGCUAUCAACCAGCAGCCAAUAGAUUGACGGUAGUGGUAUUAAAAGCAAGAAACCUCCCCAAGAUGGAUAUAACCGGUUUGUGCGAUCCAUACGUAAAAAUCUACCUUCUCUACAACAAUCAACGCAUUGCGAAGAAGAAAACACACGUCAAGAAACGUACAGUUAAUCCCGUAUUUAACGAAUCGUUCGUCUUCGACGUACCUUAUAACGAAGGAUUGGAAAACAUAAGUUUGGAAUUCUUAGUCUUGGAUUGGGAUAGAGUAACUAAGAACGAAGUAAUCGGACAUUUGGAACUUGGAGAUAAAUUCGAAGGUGCAGCCCAGUUGCAUUGGCAAGAAGUUUGUAAUUCUCCAAGACGUCAGAUAGCAGAAUGGCACAAAUUAAGAGAUUAAAAUCAUUGUACUAACUGCUGCAAAUUUAUUAUUAUUAGUUAUUAUUUUGUUGUAUUUUGGAAAUUAUUUAUAAAAAUUAUUAGACAAAGGCAAAAAAAACAACAAAAAUUUCCAUUUAGAAAUUCUAAAAACCCCAAAAAAUAAAAAAUAAAAACCACACAAUAUUUAAAAACAUGGAAGAAUUCAUUGCUGUUCCAGAUUCGAAGUGUUGCUUAUACUGUGUAUAUCUAAUUGUAUUUUAAAUUUUCGUUAACGUGUCGUCAAUUUUUGGAUGAAGUAGUUCCUAUAAUUACAAUGAUUAUCCCCCUGAUACCAUUAUACACCGAAUUUAUGAUUUUGUUUACGUUAAUUAGCGGUACUUAAACACGGGAUAUUAAUCUAUUCUGUUUAUUGUUAAUAUCAUACGCUGAAGCUAAAAAAAGAAAACAAAAAUUGAUAAAAAUUUCUAAUGGUUCCCAUCAAUUUCGUGUGUUAAUUCUUGAUUAAAUCUUUUUUUU